GUCAGAGAAGCGAGUCAGUCGCCGCGAGCCUCUUCACAGCUGCUAUGGUGUGAACGCAGUGUGAAUCAGAAGCGGACGCAGCAUGAAGCCUUACCUGUGCUCCACCUUACUUCUCUGGCUCGGUGUGUUCAUGGACUGCGGAGAGGCCCAGGUGAUGACUGAAGUGCCGGUGGGGCCUCUGUACCGCGUGGAGGGCUCUCCCCUCAUCAUCUCCUGCAAUGUGAGCGGCUUCGCCAGAAAGCUCUCGCAGAAACAGUUUGAAUUUCGCAUCAAGAAACCUGCAAAACCAGUUGAAAUCAACAUAAUCAGCAGUGAAGACAACUUCUUUGCCUAUGCCAUGUAUGCAGACCGCGUGAGGAACAAGGACAUAACUCUGGAAUACGUGAACGCAAACUCAGUCCUCUUUAAAAUAGGAACCCUACAGAAAGAUGACGAAGGGGAAUACGAGUGUACUGUACUCAACAAAGAAGGCAGUUACAGAGGAACCUACAGCGCUGUGAUCACAGUUAAAGUUCUGGACAAUUCCCUCAGUGUCUCAUCAAGCGAACCCGCAACGUUGGACUUGAACGAAGGCGACCCGCUCGCUUUGACAUGCCAAGCCUCCAGCAACACCAUCCAGCACACCCACCUGUCCUUCGCCUGGUACCUGCAGGCGCCGGGCGAAGACGCUGCUCGGACCAUCGUGACUCUGGACAAGGACUUCGUGCUGAGCGCGGGCCAGGAGUUCGACGCGCGCUUCCGAGCGGGACACAUACGGUUGGAUAAGGUUGGAGAGGCUGAGUAUCAGCUGAAAAUGGAUGAGCUGCAGGUGUCGGACCGCGGGAGGAUCUACUGCCACGCUCACGAGUGGGUCCAAGACCCUGAUCGCUCCUGGUACUGUGUCACCGACCAGAAGUCAGGGGAAACACAAGUGAAUGUCAAAGCCAGAGAGGUGGAGUCAGACACGUCGCCUCUGCUGGUGAGGAUCACAGCACAGCAGUCGGUUCUGUACGAGGGGCAGGGGCUGUCCCUGACCUGCAGCAUCGACACACCGGACCUGGAGCAGAAGUUCUUCUCUGUCGCCUGGCUCUGGGGAAACGUCUCGCUGGCCACGCUGGGCCCCACGGGCGUUCUGAGCGUGGGGCCGGACUACAGGUCCCGAGAGAAUGAAGGCGAGCUCAGGGCCUCUCGAUCCGGCCUCAGAGAUUACCGUCUGGUACUGAUGCCCGUCAGAACUACAGAUCACGGAGAAUAUACCUGUCGAGCCUGGCCUCAGGAGAGAGGGCAGGACGGACGCUUUGUUCAGGGUGGAGCCCAGGACUCCAAGCCCCAGCUGGUCAGCAUUUCUGCAUCGGAAAGCGGGAUUACUGUUGAAAUGCAAGGCAACUUCACUGUUAACGAGGGCGACAGGCUGAAGCUCACCUGUAAAGUGGGCGGAGUCAAGGGCCAGCUCUCCGUCACCUGGCUGCACAAAUCGGCGUCCGCGCCGGCGGCCGCGUUUGCCGACGUCAUCAGCCUCAGUCAGGAGGGAGUGGCGGAGAAGGGGGCGGAGUUCAGGAGCCGCAAGGUGAGAGCAGAGCGUCCGGCCGGUGACGUCUUCACCCUGGAGCUCGAUGAGGUCACGCCGUCCAGCUCGGGCGUCUACCAGUGUGCUGUGUCUGAAUGGAAGACCAACAGUAAGACCAACAGCCAGUCACAAACCAAGACUGUGACUGUGACUCCUAUAGAUAAGUUUGCGAAGGUGUCUCUGAAAAGUCGCAACAGCAGAGUGACCCUGGGGGAGAACGUGGAGCUGAUGUGCCGGGUCACGGGACCCCGCAUGCCCGUCACCGUGACGUGGAGCCUGCAGCGCGACGGCACCACCCCCGAUAACAUCCUGACGCUGUACUUCGACGGCUCCAUCAGCUGGUUCGGGAGCCACCAGCGGUACCAGCUGCGGGUGGAGAACCAGAAGAGCCAGGUGGUCCACUACCUGCUCAUCACUGGGGCGACCUACAGGGAGGCGGGCGCCUACCAGUGCAGCGUGUCGGUGUUCCUGCAGAACGCGCACAGGAAGCUGCCUCCGUCCAACCUGCUGGCCGUGGUGGUGCAGAAGCCAGUCUACGACCUUCGUCUCGCAGAGAAGGAGCAGCAGCAGCUGAGCGUCAUGGAGGGAGAGGACGUGGAGUUCAAGUGCAGCGUCGUCUCCGACCCGUCCAACCCGCUUCCCUUCUACAAAGUAGCCUGGUUCUACUCCGGGCCCGGCUCCUCCGAGAGCAGCGUCUCCCUGGUGGAGCUGGAUCACAUGGGCGUGCUGAGGUUCCCGGAGAACCAGGCGCUGCGCGGCCUGCAGGGGCGGCUCCAUCUGUCCCGACCCGCUCGCAGCAGCUUCCUCCUGAGCAUUCAAAGGGCCCGCGAGGGGGACGGCGGCAGCUACCAGUGCCGCGCCGAGCUGUACCAGCAGGACCCCGAAGGCGUCUGGCAGCAGGAGGCGGCCGACAGCGGCGGCCCGGUGGAGCUGUCUGUGAAUGUUACAGAAAACAACCUUCUCCUCAAAAUGGAGGAGUCUGAGAUGAACGUGACCAGCGACUUCACGAUCCCCUGUAACAUCGACCGGCAGUCCAGCAACGACUCUGAGUUCCAGGUCACGUGGUUCUGGCAGAGCAGGGACGACGCGAAGCCACGCCCCAUCUUCACCUCCCGCAGAGACUCCACCCUUCAGGACAGGUCUGGGAAGGAUUUCCAGCUCAGGUUUUACCGCCCGCUCUCAAACCAGUUCAGCCUCUCAGUCCUGAUGCCAGGGCCUGCAACCAGCGGCCUCUACUUCUGCGAGGUGGAGGAGUGGCUGCCAUCUUUGUCCCGCAGUUGGAGAAAGGUUGCAGUGGAGAAGUCAAAGUCUCUGACUAUUAAUGUCCAAACAGACGCCCGGGCCUCCUCUGAUGCUGUUUGCAUGUCAGUUGCCUGGAUUGGGGUACUCGCCGCUGUUACUGCACUCUCGCUGCUGGCUGUAUUAGGGCUGGCGCUCAAGAUGUGUUUGUGCAGCGUCUCGGGAGGAAAGAAGGGAGCCCAGUCUCUGUGGGCAGAGCAACUGCCUCUUGACACCAAACCAGGUGCAGAGGGUUGAACCUCCCCCGACAGGAGAGGAGGCUGUAGGGGAGGACGGGGGAGGGGGGGCUCUAGUGCUUUUUUUAAAUGUGCUUGUACAGUAAUGUAUGCAGUGAUGUUUUAUAAUUUAAAGUGUACAGAUUUUAUACAUUUUUUAUAGAAAGUUUGAUAAUUGUUUUUUAGCGAUGGCUUUGUUUUAUGAAUUAAUUAAUUAAUUAAAAUGGCCCUUUUUGUCCAACCACUCGUGGUGGACUGUCGAGUUCACCUACAGGACAAAAGCAACUUGUGUCAGCUCAGCUCGUCUCUGGGAGCAGCUCACGCAGAUGUGUGGGAAUAUCUGAAGCUUCUCUGAGUUGGACGGCGGUGUGUCAGACAGGAAGUGCUCUGCGGCUUCCUGUCUGUGUUCUGUGACUCAUUUGCAGACGAAGUCGCUGUAUUAACAAAAAGGUCACGAGCGAAAAGAUCAGCUACCACAAACAGGAUCCUUGCCCUCGUUAUGGACGUGCCGUGAUAAAGGUUGCACAAGGUUUUCUGCAACUGAGGAUACGUCAUAGACGCCAUACUGUGCCUGAACCUGGUUGCACCACUUCACUUCUUACAACAGCGUUGUGACGCAUCCGCGCCUCGAGGGGCGUGUGUGGGCUUGAGUGAGUGAGUGAGUGAGUUUGUGUUGCAAAACCGACCAGGUUUUUAGACAUUUGGGCCUAAAAUGAAAGCAACGACAGUGAUGUUUUGAAGCGG